AUGUGGAGUCGCCUUCGUGCUACUUCUGCAUUUCUUGAUACUGCGCGGUCAUCCGUCUUUCGAUGCCGGCAACGAUCUCUUACGAGCACGCGUCGUGUGCCGUCCGAAGAGACAAUUGCAUUGCUUAAAUCAUUGCUUGGUAACCGCCUGUCGACUGCGUCAUCUAUUCUAGAGCAACAUGGAACCGAUGAGUCAUACCACGCUGUAAGUCCUCCUGACGCUGUAGCUUUUGUACAGUCUACGAAGGAAGUUUCAGAGGUUGUUAAGAUUUGCGCUGCUGCCGGCACGCCUGUCAUCCCCUUCGGUGCAGGAUCCUCUCUUGAAGGCCACAUCUCCGCUACAGAAGGCGGUGUAUCGAUUAAUCUUACAGGCAUGAACAAUAUCUUAAGUGUCGAGCCGGAGAAUAUGAGCUGCAAGGUGCAAGCUGGUGUCACACGCGAGCAGCUUAACGUGGAUUUACGUGCUACGGGCCUUAUGUUUCCGGUGGACCCUGGUGCCAAUGCAACCCUUGGUGGUAUGAUCUCAACUAAUGCGUCGGGCACCACAACCGUGCGUUAUGGCAACAUGAAGACAAAUGUCAUGUCACUGAAGGUCGUCAUGGCCGAUGGACGCAUCAUCAAGACUGGCUCGAAGACACGCAAGUCGUCUGCUGGCUACGAUCUCACUCGUCUACUUAUUGGAUCAGAAGGUACGCUUGGCAUUGUCACCGAAGCUGAGCUGCGUCUUUUUGGGAUUCCAGAGGCAGAGAAAACAAUGAUCUGUCAGUUUGACUCGAUUCAGAAUGCUGUCAACACGUGUGCAGCUGUGAUGCAGAUGGGCAUUCCUGUGGCGCGCAUGGAGUUGAUGGACGAGAAUGCCGUGGACGCUGUAAACAAGUAUUCGAAGUUGGAGUCUCCCGUACGGCCGUCGCUUAUUAUUGAGCACCACGGUUCGCCUGGUGAGGUGGAAGAGCAGAGCUCGAUUGUGGUCGAGAUUGCCAACGAUUUCGAGGCGAAGGACAUUGAGCUCGCAACGAGCAUAGAGGAGCGCAAGAAGUUGUGGAGUGGUCGUCACACCGCAUGGUACGCUACACUGAGUCAAAAACCUGGCAGUCGUGGUUUGUCCACCGAUGUCGCCGUGCCGUUUGACAAGCUGACGGAAGUCAUCGUUGAGACACAGGCGGACUUGAAGGAAUCCGGGUUGUAUGGUGCGAUUGUUGGACAUGUUGGGGAUGGAAACUUUCACGUCAUGCUGCCGUUUCGCCAGGACGAUGCGGAGCAGAUGCAAAAAGUGCGCGACUUUUCCGACCGUCUGGUGCACCGUGCGAUCGAGUGUGAGGGAACGUGCACGGGUGAACAUGGCAUCGGCAACGGCAAGAUGAGUUAUCUGUCCAACGAGCACAGCGACAGUGUGGAUGUGAUGCAUGCAAUUAAAAAGGCGUUGGACCCGAAGGAUAUUAUGAACCCCGGCAAGAUCUUUUAUGGCAAGAAGAAGCACUAA